CAUUUUCCUAUUGGCAGUCCGGCAAUACAACUCUCGCUUAUCAGCCGUUUCCAUUUUUGUUUUGUUCGUAUUUUUCUUUAACUUUACUUUACCGGCCUUUGACAGCAGCGUGUUCCUAAUUGUUUUGUAAUAGUCUAACAAUGCUGCGCAGCUUCACACGUUUCAACUCGCCUACGCUUUUUAACGCAUUGCGGCAACGUACUUUCGGCACAGCGGGAACCGACAAAGAAAUCUUUGUUAAUCGCCUGGAUGGCGAACGCAAAGGCAUAACGGUAAUAAACCUUAAUCGUCCGGAAGCAAAAAACUCUUUUAGCCGCAGUUUGCUAAAUGCUUUCGAAAAUGUUUUAAACGAAUUGGAACACGACAAUACCUCACGCUGCGUAAUUUUACGUAGCUCAUCCCCAGGAAUUUUUUGUGCUGGCGCUGAUCUCAAAGAACGCAAAACAAUGGCACAGGACGAGGCCAAGGAGUUUGUAACAAAUCUACGUGAAUUAUUUAUUGCUUUGGAACAACUACCAAUGCCUUCGAUUGCUGCGCUUGAUGGCGCUGCUCUUGGUGGUGGUCUCGAAAUGGCUUUGGCUUGUGAUAUGCGCACUGCUGCUGAUAACACCAAAAUGGGCUUAGUAGAGACACGUUUGGCGAUCAUACCCGGUGCAGGUGGCACGCAACGUUUGCCUCGUAUACUUUCUCCCGCGCUGGCCAAAGAACUCAUCUUCACAUCACGUGUGCUAAACGGCAAAGAGGCAAAAGAAUUGGGUAUCGUCAAUCAUACGGUACCACAAAAUGAAACAGGAGAUGCUGCAUACCAAAAAGCAUUGGAAAUUGCUGAAGAAAUAUUACCAAAUGGACCAGUUGGUGUGCGGAUGGCUAAAUUGGCUAUUGACAAGGGUAUACAAGUUGACCUAAACACUGGUUAUUCCAUCGAAGAAAUAUGCUAUUCACAAGUAAUACCCACCAAAGAUCGUUUGGAGGGCUUAAAGGCAUUCUCAGAGAAGCGCAAACCAAUAUAUAAGGGAGAAUAAAGGAAAAGGCGGCAAACGGUGUGGUAGAAUGUGAUUUAAGGGUUAUAAAGUAGAAACAUUGACUAGCGCGUGUGACUUUGGAUUUACUUGUUUGAGAAGCAAAUAAACUGAAUAGCUUUAAAACUUCAUAAAUUUAUUUUAAUUAAGCAGGAAAUAUCCUAUUCUUUGUGAAAUAUAAACUGGUUAUCUUUCGAUGUCCUAAUUCAAUGACUUCUGCUAUAACACAUUAUAUUAUAUUAGUCCUCUCGAACUCGUUAAAUGACGCUCAGUUCAUAAUGCAUUUAUUUGUUAAUCUCUCCUUUUAAGUUUUGUUCUUUUUUUUUGCUGGAGGCGACUUGUUAAUUGUACAAAUUAUAUUAAAUAAACCGACUCGUUAUG